AUGAUCACAUCAAGCAAAGCCAGUGAAAAAUCGGAUCCUCGUGGCAGGCUCAGGCGUAUUGCGAACGACGACAACACUUGUCUGCGAGAUCUCGAGUCCGCUCGUCCGGCGAUGGUGGUUCGUUCCCAAGACACGUUGCGGCAACCCGGCACGGGGCCUGAGAAGGUGGAGAUGACGUAA